UACAGAUCAUUACCAAAGGGGACAGUGUGAGUUCACUGUAAUGUUCAGGAGGAGCUGGAGAGUGCUUACAAGGCUGAACAUAUUACAGACAAUGUGCUUGGCUGAGAUUUAGCCAGGGGAGGGGGGACGAUCUGCAGGCUUCUUAGCACUGAAUCUCACAGCUGGAGGCAUCACAAACAGGAUCGUGUUUUUAAAAUAGUGCAGGAGGGUGAAUUUCUAUUGCCCCAACCUGUCUCCCCAUAGUUUCACCAGCCAUGGCACUGAACUUCCAGCAGAGAUGUGCCCCAAUCUGGGUGCUGCUGCUCAUUCUGCAAACAGCCUGCAGUCAGCAAGAAUGUUCCUCCAGUGGGCAUCAGAUUCUGCAGAAUUCAUACCGAAGUCUGGAUUUUGACUCUCUGAAGCUGCAGCAGUCAGCCAUCCAUGAUGUCAUCUGUGACCACUCCUUGGCUCCCGGGUGGUACCGCUUCAUGAUCUUCGAUAAACCGGCUCAGAUGCCAACCAAGUGCGUGGAGAUGAAUCACUGCGGAACACAAGCCCCUGUUUGGUUGUCAUUACGGGAUUCUGAGACUCUGCCCCCACCUGGGGAGGUCCGACAUCUCACUGCCUGUGCAACCUGGCAGUUUUUCUUUAGUAACACAAAAGAUUGCUGUCUCUUCCGCAUCCCUGUGUCAGUGAGAAACUGUGGGGAUUUCUACGUAUACAUGUUGCAGCCUACUCAAGGUUGCAUGGGCUACUGUGCAGAAGUUGUCCCUGAGUCUAGACCACAGUGUGAUGGAGGGGAAACAGACACCAACAGUGAGUGUACAAGUAAAGCAAUCGCCAAACCUUUGCAGCCGGAACCUCCAAGUAAUCCAAAAAUUUCCAUUGAGACAACAGGGGACAGUGUAUUUUUAAAAUGUGACUUUGAGGCUCCCUCUACAAAUGGUUCCAUGGGAUUUGUGGUAGGAUGGUCAAGACUCUCAGCAGAAGGUGCCAAAGAAGAACUGAGACAAGAGGCUGCAGUGCAGACAUUUUCCACUAUAGAACUGGACGGAAUUAAUGUCAGACUUGGAGACCGAAUAUAUUGCAGUGUUUCAAGCUUUUUUCUGGAACAACCAGAUGUUCACAGCUCCCUAAGAGAAAGCGAGGAAUUUUUUACUGGAAUAAAGUUGUAUCCUGAAUCUGCCACCAUAUCAGAAGACGGCAGGCAGUACCAGCUGACAGUAGAGAGCACAGUGCCAGUUCUGUGCUUAGGGGCCAGUCAGCUGCAGAAUGAAUGUAAGGUCACACUGAAAUUCCACACUGUGAAUGAAGCUGAGGAAAAUCGUGACUCAGAUUUGGCUCUUUCUUCUUGUCAAGUGGACCUCGUACAAUCACCCUGCCAAAACCAUUCCUGCAGCCAGGCUUCUCUAUAUUACACAGCAGUUACAGAUUUUAUGGAGGAUGGGGAUAAACUCACAAACAUUGCUGUGGAUCCUAUUGUGAGCACUAACUUCCUGUGGAAUGGGUAUUCUCCGCAAAGUGUGCAGAUCACAGUAAAAGAUAUCCCAACCGCAUACUGCUAUUCCUUCACUGAUCCACAUGUAAUCACAUUUGAUGGAAGAUCAUAUGACAAUUUUAACACAGGGACGUUUGUGCUGUACAAAAGCACAUCUCGUGAUUUUGAAGUCCAUGUGCGCCAGUGGGACUGUGGGAGUCUUCAUCACCCUGCCUCGUGUAACUGCGGCUUUGUUGCUAAAGAAAGAGGCGACAUUAUUGCCUUUGAUAUGUGCAGUGGUCAGCUUCAUGAGUCCCAGCCGCAUUUGUCAGUAAAGAGUCAAGAUAACACAACAACUAAUUUCAAAAUCACAGAAUCUUAUCAUGGGAGGAAGAUAACGGUUACUUUCUCCUCUGGAGCUUUUAUCCGCGCUGAUGUGAGUGACUGGGGAAUGAGUUUAACUCUCCGGGCAACUAGCUCAGAUUUUAAGAGCACAUUGGGACUUUGUGGUACCUUUGAUGGAAAUGCAGACAAUGAUUUUCACAACAGCAAAGGAGAUGGUCUAGAAGGAAUUUCAAACAACCACCUUCAUUUUAUCAACCAAUGGAAAAUUUCUGCCGGAGGAAGUUUAUUUGAUAAAAUCCCACCAUUUUCACAAUUUGCACAAAAUACUCGAUAUUGCAGCUGUAAUCCAGAUAGAUUGGAUGUGUUUGAGUCUAACAAGCUUCUGAAUUUUCCAACUGAUACUUUUGCUUGUCAUGGAAGUGAUAAUGUUCAGUUUUAUGCACUUAUACCAGGGUUGGACAUCACAUCUGAAUACAUAAAUGCCCAUGAUACAAUCCGAGAUAUAAGUAAGCGUUCCACUACUGAUAGUCUUAGCUAUGGACCAUUUCCUGAAGCAGUCGAACAGCAUGACAAUAUAAGAACUUUUAACAUUACUGAGCCUAUUGAUGGAAUAAAAAAUACAAUUUCAGAUACGCUAAUCCAAAGGAAUACAAAUCAAGUCAAUAAAUUAAGUCCUGAAAAAAAAGAUGUUAAAAAUAGAUUUAAACGCCAAAAUUAUCAGUACAUUUCAACUUUUCCAUAUCAAAGUCUUAGCCAAACAGACUUAGAAGGUUUUAGCUACUUUUUUCCUGAAGACCAUUCCACCGAUGCUCCUCAGGAAUUUUUGCCUUCUUGGCCAACACCAUCAGGCCUGACUCAUUUGUAUGUUUCUGAAUUUUGCCAACAAUCGGUUAUCAACUCAACCAUUGGAAAAAUAUGCAGUAAUUAUCUUGAGAAACAUAUUAUGGAUGUAGUUCAGAUGUGCAUUGUGGAUGUACUGUUAAAGGAUGACCUGAGCUGGGCAGAGCCUGGAGUUGCUCUAUUGGAAAAUGAAUGUGAAAGAAAUAUUCUGGAACUAGGACUUCAUAAAGAAGAAUUCUUCAAACAACCCUUCAAUGAUAUAUUGAUAGCCUUAACAUGUCCUAAUCACUGUAGCGGAAACGGACAAUGUAUGGACUGGGGAUGCGCUUGCUUUGAAGGUUUCAGUUCCUACGACUGUAGCAUUUUGGAAGAUCAGGUGCCUGAGAUUCUGGAUCUUGAAAACAAGGGACUUUGUGAUAUUCGAAAAUACGCCUGUACUUCUGUAAGGGUAUUUGGUCUUGGCUUUAAAGAAACAUCCACCCUUAAGUGUGAGUUUACUAAGCAGCAGUAUAGUGGUGGAAAGUGGAUUUUUGCAGAGCCAGUGCUAACAGACGCUGCCUUCAGGAAUGCUAGAACUGUAGACUGUCAGUUGCCUGUAGAUGAACAACAGCCUGAUGGCAUGGAGCCAGUGGACGAUAAACCUAUAGCAAAAUGGCAAAUUAAGGUGUCUAAUGAUGGUUAUACGUUUAGUAACUCUAAAACAAUGACUUUAUAUGACGGAGUAUGCCAGAAUUGUGAUGCGCUGUCAGAUGUUUUGUGUACAUUAAAGGAGAAAACAUGUAAUAUAGAUGGACUCUGCUAUGGAGAAGGUGAAUCCAAUCCUACAAGCCCGUGUUUACAAUGCAGGCCGGAUCUGUCAAAGCUAACAUGGUCUAUUGCUGAAAAUAACCAGCCUCCUGUGAUUGAUUCCUUACCAGAUAAAUUACAAACUUUCUAUGGGGAAAACUUUGUUUACCAAUUCGUCGGAGCAGACCCAGAAGGUUCUGCCAUACUUUUCACCUUAGAAUCUGGUCCUGAAAAUGCAAGCUUAUCCCCAGCAGGGUUGCUCAUAUGGAAAGUCAUGUCGCCCGUCACGCAAGAAUUUGUGUUUACUCUAACAGACGACUGCAAUGCUCAGACUAAAGUAACUGUGGAGGUAAUAGUCAAACCCUGUGGCUGCAUUAAUGGCGGCUCAUGUGUGACCAACAUGAACUUUCCACCUGGAAAAGGAGAAUAUUUGUGUCUUUGCCCAAAUGGGUUUGAGGGGGAUAACUGUCAAGUAAACAUAGAUGAAUGUCAGUCUAAUCCAUGCGGCCCUGGUAAAUGUGUCGAUAAAGUGAAUGGCUACCACUGUGAAUGCCCUUUGGGGCUAAAAGGAAUAACAUGCCAAGAAGAUAUUGAUGAGUGUUUAUCCAGCCCUUGUUUCUCUGGUGUAUCUUGUACUAAUACUUAUGGAUCAUAUGCAUGUGGCCAAUGCCCAGACGGCCAUCAAGGCAAUGGAAAGAUAUGUACCCAGAUAUUGCUGACAACACAGAUGCCAAUAAUGGUGUUGACAGAUAUCUUUACAAAAGCACCUGGGAAAAAAGAAAUUUACAUCCAUGGAGGUUCAGCUUUAAAGUCAAGUCUUGCUGUUCCGAGUCCAACAGUGAAACAGCAAACAGACAACCGCUCCUUCCAAACAACCCGAGGUCAUUCAUUAAGCCUAUCCUCCAGUACUGCAAGAAGAACGACUAUUUCAAAGCUACUAAAUGGCAGAAGAACCACCGCAAACCUUUCUCGCGCAGCCUUGAUCACCAGUCAUGCGAUGCAGCCAAUUUCCAGAGGGAACAGUACUAAUGUAUAUCCAACUUCCCCAGCUCAGACUCACAGCUCAAAAUAUCAGUCUGUUGCAUCGGGAAGCACCGCAAAGAACAGGACUGAUGAAUUUCCAAAACAAACUGAUAACUAUUUACUGACUUUAAAUAGCGCUAAUCAGGCUGUUACCAUGGCAUCUGCGAAACGGACAUGUGCUGAUUCGCCCUGUUAUCCUGGAGUUAUUUGUGAACCAACCGUGAGCGGAGGCUUUAAAUGUGGACGAUGUCCUUUCGGCUACUAUGGAGAUGGCUUAACGUGCAAAGCAAUUUGCCGGCAUCCAUGUGGAAAGAAUAUGGAAUGCACAGCUCCGAAUGUUUGCAGAUGUAGGAAUGGCUACUCUGGAUACAACUGCCAGAUGGCUGUGUGUCGUCCUGACUGUAAGAAUCGUGGGAAAUGUGUGAGACCCAAUGUUUGUGAAUGUGCUCAAGGAUACGGUGGAGAAACGUGUGAAGAAGCCUACUGUGAUCUACCAUGUGAAAACGGCGGGACCUGUCAAGCAAGAAAUGUCUGCACCUGCCCCUUUGGUUAUGUUGGACCAAGAUGCGAAACAAUGGUAUGUAAUCGGCACUGUGAAAAUGGCGGCGAGUGUGUCUCUCCAGAUGUGUGCAAGUGUAAACCUGGGUGGUACGGACCAACAUGCAGCACAGCCAUUUGUCAUCCAGUUUGCCUUAAUGGCGGCACUUGUAUCAAAUCCAAUAUUUGCCUGUGUCCCAAUGGAUUCUAUGGUGCACAGUGUCAGAAUGCUGUCUGUAGCCCUCCUUGCAAAAAUGGUGGCCAGUGCAUGAGAAAUAACAUUUGCACAUGCCCAGAUGGAUACAUUGGAAUAAGAUGCCAGAAAAGUGUCUGCAGUCCAAUGUGCAUGAACGGAGGGAAAUGUGUGGGGCCCAAUAUUUGUUCUUGCCCAUCGGGAUGGAAAGGGAAGCAAUGCGAUACACCUAUAUGCCUUGAAAAAUGCAAAAAUGGUGGAGAGUGCGUGGGACCCAAUACCUGCCAUUGUCCAGCAGAUUGGGAAGGAAGCCAGUGCCAGACGGCCAUCUGCAAUUACAAAUGUUUAUAUGGAGGCCGCUGUGUACUGCCCAAUGUAUGUUCAUGUCGUGCUGGAUACACUGGAGCGACUUGUAACCAGAGAGCACAGGUGUUUCGUGGUUGAGAAAAGGUUUCCCAGAGCGACAGAGACUGCGCAAGAAUCUAGUAGGAACUAGUGAAAAAAAUAAAAAAGUUUAAUACAGAGUAUGGACGGCAGGCAGAAGAAGAUGUUUUCCUUUGAAGCUCGAAGAUAUGGCAGACGAUUAGCCAGAUGGAGCAUUGUUACAGGAGAAACAUUUAUAAUAAGUAAUUCACCUGGGUGAGAUAUAAUGAGGGUGCAGCAGAAAAUAAAAAAAAACAUAAAAAUCAUAACCAAUAUACCUAGUAAAACAGUUUUUUUUUGUAUGGCAAAAAGUCACCAAAAGUGCAAUGAGAUGUAUUAGAACUAAUCCGUAGCCAAUUCCAAUUUAAUUGUGACAAUGUUCUCACAUUACCAACUGUAACUGCAAGAAUAUAGGUGCCCUACACACUUGUAUGAAGUCGUGCUCAUAUAUCUAAUUUAUUACUGUCUUUAUUACUGUCUUUCCAACCAGUGCUUUACACUGAAAUAUAAUGUUGCUGUUGUUUUUAAUAAAAUAUAGUAAAGAUGAUGUUUAUUUAAAGGAGGGGCUCUGUGUAGAUAUUUCAUUUUAGUACCACAGGAGAUCUAUUAAUCCAAAAAGUCACAAUAGAGCUUUGUCAUUCCCAUGAAUUCCUAUUUAUUCAUGCAAUUCGGAACAUUUUACACAUUUGCUUUGUCGCUGUAAUAAUUAGUCAGGAGCUUCUACUUGAUGGUAACUAGUAUAAAUUCAUAUUGAUGACAAAAAACCUAUACUUUGACAUUGGAGAGGCCCAUUCAUUAUAGGUCGAAUUUUAGUGGUAUUAAAACUUUUUGAAACCAUGAUUAAACUCUAGGGGGCAGAUUUAUCAAGGGUCGA